AUGGUCGGGAUAAAAUAUUUUGAUGAUGUCGACGUGUUGGAUGUGUCGAAACCGCUUGCACCAGACCCUUCGACAAAGAGCAGCGGGGUGCGUUCCUGGAGAGCAGCGCUGUGUGGCUUUGGUUCAAAGAGAAAGGCUGCUGCCCAAGUCGCCCGACAGGACGCUGUGGCAGUUCACGUUGACGUGGAGAACGAAAAUGCGGCAACAGCAAACCACAAGGAGGGCGAUGUCGAAGAGGCCGGCCUGGAUGCAGACAGGCACUUAGUGUUGCAGCCCGAGAAGCUGCCCGACCGUCAAGAAUUGGAUGAUUUGAGGGAAACACUCUCUGGGUUGCAAAGCCAGCUGCAUACUUUGCGGAGGGACAAUGGUGCCCUGCGGUCAGCGCUCCUUGGACAAACAGGUGGCAGUCUCCCGGUUGACGUUCCUCUCUCAUCAAUUGCUCCCGAGUCCGUUGUUGGCAGCCUUCCAGCCGCGACAAGUUCAACUGCUGAUGCUGCUGCGAUUCAUGGUGAAGACGAGCUGGCAGAGGCCGUGAACGCCAACGAAGGAGCUGAGGCAGAGUCAGGCCGAGGACGAUGCUGGCAGUCCAGAUGGUUCGAGCACUGUUCUUCCUGUUCUUUCGUCACAGCCGAGGCGGAAAACAGGAAAGCUACGAAUGGGAGUCCGCCAUGCUCACCUAUGCAAGCGGAUACUUCAACUAGAGCGGGGAGCUGGAUCCCUUCAAAUUCGUCUUCGUGCUCUCCUCCAAGGCCUGUCUGGGAAACACCCUUGAAUGCGGCACGAGAGCGAGCGUGGCCUUCGCUGUAUGUCGAGACACGGGCGGAGAGAGCCCCAGCGCGGAAUGACAAGGGCUGGUCCAGCCAGUGCCGGACAGGCCAGGACAGUCACGAUGAAGAGUCAGAUCUCGAGGAGUCGGACUGCCCGGAAGCGCCUCCAGAAUCAGAGGAGGAACCUUGGUCACCGGCGACAGUACCAGCCGCUGCCUGGGUGCCCGGAGUUGGGCAAACCAAGGCGAUUUCUGACGAGCGGUCGGACAGACGGCCUGUCUUGCCAUUUCCAAACGUGUCCACACAACAGAUGGCUGGGGACCUGAAGCUUGGCGCGUCAGGCAUGUUUCACUCUUAG